UGGCAGUGGGCUGGGGUGCAUCCAUCAUUGACUGACAGCGACUCGGCAUCCCUGCCGCAAUCGCCCCAAGGGCUCAGCAUCGCAUCGCGCACUGCACUGCACUGGUAGCCUCUAUUUUACUGGGUAUUUGGGUGUUUUCAGUGCUAUGAUGUCGUCUUGGGAAGAACCAACCCAGGCGCUUACCACAGACAUGGCCCCCAAACUUGGCUGCUUGUAUGCCAGCGGGGACACGGGUUGUUAUCUCUUCGAGCAGGUGUACCAAUCGAUACUACGAGCGAGAUAUUGACUGGCAGAAGACAAGGCUCGAAUUAGCGUGAGCGCCUCUGGACAGUCUGUUGAGCCAGGUGAGGAAUCGGCAAGGAGCGUGGGGAGAGAGGGGUCCUCGAUGACCGCUUUUCUCAGCCUCAUAAAUAGUUUUGUCUGGUCGAAGCCUGAUCUUCUAUCCUGAUGAACAACCCCGUAGCGAAACGUCGUCACUAAAAAAAAAACACAUCCUCACAUUUUGUAUUUCUAAUACAUCGGACCGUUUAGAGCUUAGAGCAUAGAGAUGAAUUUCCACUACGAACGUUCGACUAGAUCCAUCCGAUAGUAGAGCCCAUAAUGGAUCCUGUAUCCGCCAUCGGGUUGCUUGCAUCCGUUGCCACUCUCAUCAAGGUCAGCAAGGGAGCUCUAGACCUUAUCAAAGAAUACAAACACGCACCAAGAGACCUAUCUGAACUCGUACACAACCUUGAGAUAUUCGAGGAGGCACUGAGAGGGUUUGAUCGUGUCCUACGUAGCCGUCAAACAAAGCACAACAUCUCCGAGAAGAUCCUUCGAACGGCUAUUAAUGAUGGAUUUGCAACCAUCAAAGAUCUUGAGAAGCGUUUAACGCAGGUGUAUAAGACUGAAAACUCGAGUUUCCGUCGAGUUAGAUUCGUCCAGCAUAAGUCGCAGUUUGAAGCGCUUGACAAGCAGUUCAAGAACCAAUGUGCGCAAUUGCAUAGUUUUAUAUCACUGGCGCAUUUGGAGACGUUCCUUGCUGUUUGCAAUCAACACCCCCAACUCCUAGAAGCAUGUUCGACAGCCGUUGAGGAGAUGGCAAGCGAACCUCAAUUCCUCGAGGAUGCGUCGGAAUCAGCGUUACCCUUAAUUUCGAGGUAUCCAUCCUCGAACUCAUCCUCCAUCACAACUCUAUCUCUCGGAUCAUCAACACCAUCAUCGCGGAGCUCGAUAGAUUCAAGAAAUACUUCCAUAACCUCUACCUCGUUUGAUAAUAAACUAUCAGUACCAGGCCGGAGGGACAGGCGAGGUAGUGAUACCCCAUCCCAAUCAAGCAAUUUAGUAGACCUCCGAUCAACGAGCUCACUGGUCAUUCGUCGCGCAUGCCGACAUGAUUGCUACUGCAAAUGUCAUGAUGAUUCGACCACCGGUGAACCCAAGGCGCGGUCUUCACGGCUUAACGUGCGGGUAUUUCGAGAGAACAGCAAGCCUAAGGUUGAGUGCUCAGAUCCAAGCUGUGCAGCCACAACGUCACAGGAAAAGUCCAUCCCGGUUUCUUUCUUUAAAAAGGCCAUGGCGAAUAUGAUGUCAACUAGUAGUAUCCAGGUUCGAUAUCGACUAAAUACUUAUCGUAUGGUGCCGGAGGGAUCCAACGCCAUGCGGUACGUUAAACGUGGGAAUCUGGAGAAGUUGAAAUUAGCAAUUCAAUCAGGGGAGGCAACGCCUUGGGAUACGGCGCCGGAUGGAUGGUCCUUGUUGCAUACUGCAGCGUACGCGAGACAAUUGCCAACCGUACAGUAUCUUGUUGAACUAGGUGCGGAGACUGAAGUAUCGGAUCUUGGAGCACGAAAACCCGUCGACUUCGCGUUUCUGAAAUCCCAGGGAGCCGAUGCUACCCAAACAGAAAAGGACAUCGUCCAAGUUUUCUCUAAACAAGACGACUACAUCGACGACUAUGAGUUCACCCCGAUCCACAUUGCUGUCCUGGAUCUCUACGAUCCAGAGGACUCCGAACGCCCCACACUCGAAGAACUCAUUGACUUCGUGGACCAUGCCAACAACGCCCCUCAGGGCACAAAUUGGUCCCACUGGAAAUCAAAAUACCAAAAAAGAUCUCCACUUUUCGUCACCAUCAUCGAGCAGUUCCGGGUUUCGGCGGCGGAAAACCCAGAUACAGGCAAAAUCAUACAGAACCUAGUCGAUCAAAAAGAUCGGAAAUUCCACUGGACGCCACUUCAUUGGGCUAGUGCCACGGGCCAAGCGGAUAAAAUGAAGAUUUUGGUGAAUACCGGCGCGGAUCCGUUUAUCAAGUCGAACUUGAACGCAAACAUUUUACACGCUGCUGUAGAGUCAAAUGCAUUGGAAAGCUUGAGCUAUGCGCUAGAGAUAUGUAAACGGUAUCCGGAUUUGUUGAAUAUCGAUCAAAGCAACGUCUGGGGGGAGUCACCACUUAUGAUGGCUGCGCAGGGGUGUUUGGUGGGCUGCGUAAAACUCCUCCUUGACGCGGGGGCAGAUCCGAAUGUAAGGCAGGAGAAUCAUCAAGUUGCGCUGCAUUAUGCCGGCCUUUCAGAUCGGGGGGAGAAGAGGUGUGAAACGCUGGCGCUAUUCUGCGAGACAAGCCUUAUACCAAAGUUGGACAUUAAUGCGCAAGAUGAGGAUGGCAGGCCGCCCAUAUUUGAUUUCCUAGAUGAUUUGGAGUGUAUGAAGUGUCUGAUUCGACAUGGCGCAAAGCUGGAUUUGUUAGAUAAUUCUGGGAAUAACUUGAUCCACCAUAUAUGUAUUCAAGGGGAGAGUGAUUCGUUGGAAAGCUUGUUGCAACCUCCACGCGACAAGAAAUUAAUCCUGACAGGGAAGAAUUACGACGGGAACACGGCGCUCAUUGAGGCACUGCGCCAUGAAAGUAUUGACUGCGCGAUGAUCCUCCUAGAGCUUGAUGACGUCGGUGACAUUGUGGGUCAGGACGGAUGGGCUGCAGUGCACUAUGCGGCGAAGCUGGGUGAUCCAAGCCUAUUGAAAGCCGUGUUGAAACACCCGACUUUUGCACGGGGUGAGAAGACAGAUGAUGGCAAGACCGCUCGUGUGGUGGCCAUGGAGUCCGGCAAUUGGCAGGGGGAAAUAAAAGACCUUUUAAAUCGAUACAAUGCGCUAUUAUGAUGCGGAUUAUAUGGAAUCCCAUUACUCCAGUAGAACUCACCCCGGUGGGGUGCAGUUCUAUUGAAAUGUUCACAUUGUACAUUAUAUUGAUCGAAUAUUCUGUCGACGAUCAUGUAACUAUUCUAUAGGUUUAUAUAUCAGCAAAUCCUCUGAGACUCUUACCGAGCCUUCUUAACAGAUGGGAUCUAAACAACUUCCCUAGAUAGUUAUUAUACGCAUCUAAAUGUUUCCAACUAACUUCCACUUCUCGUAAGAAUGGAGUAUGA